ACCUAGGCUUUUAUAUACUACAAGUUCCAACUUUAAAGUUUUCAUCAGUUUUCAUCACGAGUUCGAGGUUAUUCAGGUGGUUCAAGAGGUGCCGGGCUAAUUGAAAAAGUUAAUCAACGUUUUGCAAUGAUAACUGUGGAAGAAGACAUAACAAAGCGUCCACAUUUUCGGUUGAAGGUUGAUCUUUCCAAGUUUUUCCACGAUGCACGCCGGUCCUGUUGGAUCUUUAUCGUUGGAACGAAAAUUCAGCAGAUUAAUCAUUUGCAGCAACAUAUUAGUAAACUGUUCAAUAUUGCGGAACCAUUCCAUUUGCUGCUGAAUGACACCGAAUAUCUGCCACCAAUAGAGGAUGUGAGAAUACUUAAGGAGAAUGAGACAAUUCUAGUAGUUCCUGGAUCUGGAAUAAAUACUGAAGCUCUAGCUGUUGUAGAAACUAGCCAUGUUUCUAUAUAUGAUAAGCAGGCUACAAAUAUUAAAACAGGAAAACAGGAAAUGGUUGCACAAAAUACAUUUAGCAAUACCUUGAAUAAUAUGCAACCAACUUCAAUAAAUAAUACCACAAAAGAUAUGACAUUCUAUAGUGUAAUCAGUGAUACAAUAGUCAAUUAUAGUGAAGGAGAUACAGAUUCUAAAACUACAGAUAAUUUAACAGAGGAUUGUAACGUAAUAGAUUCGAUUGUAUCCAUUGCAAAAAGGAAAAGAGUGCGAAAACGAAAAUCAAAAAAUCGAUCUCGGUUUAUUGUAUCGCCCUCUGAUAGAAUUGAAGAAAAUACAUCAAAAGAACCAAAAUUAAAGAAACCAAAAAUAAUAGAUUCCUAUAUUAUUCCAUCAGGAAAACAUAUACGAUUUAAUGAUAUAGAAAAUAAUGAACAUAAUAUUGCAAGACAAAUAGUACAAGAAGCAUCUAGAAAUCAAUCUUACUUAAAUGAAACAUCGUCUUCUAGAGAUCUUUCUAUGCUUUUAACAUUAGGACAAAGCUCAACGCCAAUAACUUUCAUAAAUAAAAAAUUAAAAAACGAAAUUGAAACGAAAAAUAUAUUAAACGAUGAGAUAAGAAGCAAAAAUUUAAACGAAAUUAUGGUGGAAGAUAGUACAGAAAAAAUUUCAUGUAAUAAAGAAUCUAAGAAGGAAAUACAAAGUUAUAAAAAUUUGUAUGCUGAUCUAGAAAAGGUUCCAAUAAUGACUAGAAAACCGCAGGUUAAUGACAUUAUUGCCUUCAAAACAUUAAAAAUUGGUACAGAUUACACGCCUCAGGUGUCUAAUUCUAUUUUGGCGGAAGUAGUGGCUUGCGUACAGUCAAGAACUUAUACUCUUCGGAUACUCCAUGGUAAAGAGGAAAUUCCGGAAGUGCCAUUUGAGAAGUUUUCUCCCUUCGAAAUCGAAUCUGAAAGUCAUCCGAAUGAAGAUACACUUAUAUUUAAUUUUUCACAAAUGAUUGAACCACGCCUAAUUUCGUAAUUUUUUAUUUUAUGAAACAUGUUAAGUUAUUAAAACAUCAGUUCU